GACUGUACCAACAACAAUCAAUCCUAAUGAUUUUAAUUUUUCUAUGGCUUUAACAAUAAUUUGUUUCAAUGCAACUGCUGAAAUUGUGGACGCGGUAAAAUAAUACGCGAUGGGCUGCUUCCAUCUUUUGCGGAUACCUCUUGCCAUUAAAACAAGAGCAUGAUCCGCAUAUUUCAGGGAGCGACCCAAAUGACCCAAAUCUUCAAAUCCGAAAAUGACUUGUCUACUUUUGUCAUAAUAAAGAGUAGUAUUAUUAUUAUAAAAAAAUUUGGGCAUUGACCAUUUUCCACGUGGCCAAGGAGGCUGAUCAUUAGGGAUAGCGUUGCUAUCAACUAAUGAUAUGUGUCCAGUAAUUGCACGUGCAGGCACGACAUUUAUACUUUGACAGWGAAACAAACACUUAAUUGAUAAUUGUCAGAUAAAUGGCAAAUGUUACGGAAACCAUAGAAAUGGAUUUCAAGUAAAGUUCACCCUUCCAGAAAUAGUUCCGGGAAUCUGUUGCUGCAAUCGAAAUGCAACGUACAAAUACGGUCGUAUCCCACCUCUCCGGAAAUUUCAUCUGAAAUUUCCUCUACGUAAGGAACCUGUGGCUGAAAUCUGUGGCUGAUUUCACACGACUCUCUUUACAGACUAUUUUGGAAAACAAAACUUUAAAUCCUCAAAACAUAAAAAUGUCACAUAUGGACUUCUUGCAAGAAGCCCUUUAUUUAGUAUUUUAGUAUUUAGCCCUCUUUGUUCGGUUAAAAAAGUGUAUUGUUGUCGCCGUGAUUCCCGUGAUGCAACAAUAUUAACCAACAAAAUAAAAUAGAAAGUCAGAUUCCGAUUUAGACAAAGAGACCUGUACAAACCGGUAAUAAUAUCGCAUCUGCAAAAUAGAGAGCACUACUGGCUUAUCAAGUUCAAAGCAAUAUCACAUCACGUGACCACUCGCCGUCAAGUUGGGCAACCUUCAGUUUGCGUCCUCUCAGUCUCUCUCUCACUGGUACAGUGCGAUUCAAUAAUAACAAAAAUGUUUCCACUUUACGACCCUGUGUGUUGUUUAUUGCAAACACCUUUCUCAAAUUGGCGCCAAAUCGAUAAAGAAGAUUUCCUAAGAUCUGAAAAACCCAUGCCCUCAAUAAAUGAAAGACGAAAAAAGGGCAACAAAAUUGGCCAAAGGAAUUUCAACAAAACACUAUAUUUUCAGUUCGAUUGGGUGUGUGGCAGUCACUACAAAAAUAAACUUUUCUGCAUUCCCUGUAUCUUAAACAACGAAAAGAAUAAUAUAUGGGGCACAGUUGGCCAUCACCAAUUGCGAAACAUCAGACUUGAUUUAGUAAGACAUGUGAAGACAGCCGCACAUAUACGUUCCUCUUUAGAGUUUGCUAAAUUAAAGAAAAACUUGCUUGGAAAUAAUGAACUUAAAGUGACUCCAAUAUUGAGUGCCGAACAGUUGGAAAAUGUACGACUAAACAGACGAAUUAUGCAACUUGCGAUCCGGACGUUCAUCCAAGGUUUUGGCGGGAAUUUUGAACCACUGCUAGAAUACCUACUCUCAGGAGCGUCACUACAAAUUGAAGAGCAAUACAAAAAAAUUCGAUCCGAGCUUAAUGCCGGCUCUGAAAUCACUCAAAACGGAAUAAUCAAAUGUAUAUCUUCAAGUAUCGACGAUUACAUUUCAAAUGAAAUCAAACUUUGUAAAUUUUUUGCAAUCCAAUUCGACGAUUUGACAGACUUAGCCCAAAAAUCACGCAUUAGCGUCACGAUUCGAUUUGUCAAACCUGAUGGAAAAGUAACGGAAAGAUUCUUAAAUUUUUACGAACCAGAGACAAUCCGAACUGCUGCUACACUUUUCGACAUCAUAACCCAAUCUCUCGAGAAAUUUGACUAUCAAAGAAAACUGGUAGGAUUUUCGAUCGACGGUGGUGCCAUCUUAGCCGAUCAUUUGAACGACUUGCAAGCAAAAAUCAAAGAAGUUGCACCACAAGCACUCCUUGUUCAUUCGUGCAAUCACAACCUGAAAACAGUGUUGCAACAAAGCUUGAAUGGUUUUCCAGAAUGUCGACGAUUUUUUGCAGCUUUAAAUGGUCUAAGUUUAUUUUUAUCAAAACGGAGUUCGACUCCAAUUUUUGUAAAGAAGAAACUUGCCUGGAUGCCAGAUUGUAACAUUUUGAGCUUUGUUACUGACCAUUGGGACACUUUAAAGGACGUUUUUAUCGAAAUUACCAACGAUCCUAAUUCUGAUCAAAAUUCAGUCAGAGAAUGUGAUUUCUUCACAGCUAAAUUCGAGGAAUUAGAGUUUGUACUUUUGGUGGCAAUCUUCAAGGAUAUUUUCCAAAUCGUUGAUGAAUUUUCUGAAAAUUUAGACAAACUAAAAGUCGUGCAAGUGGAAAAUUUAGUGAAUUUGUUGGAAGAAAAACAAAAUGAAACAAUAUUGAACGAACAUUUCAAGUCGAUCGUUUCAAAAACGAACACUCUAUGCAAAGAUCAAGACAUCCUUUGUAAAAAAUUUAAAAUCUUGUAUUACAAUGUUUUAGACAGUCUGAUUUUACAAGUCAAAACCCGAUUCCAAGAUACAAUAAACCUUCGAUACACUUCUUUAUUCGAGCCGUUAAAAUACUCAUCUACGCACAUUUCAAUGUUACACCUUGUCAAUAGUAUAGAAGAUCGUUACUCUAAUUUUUUCUCCAAAUUUAGUCGACUGAAAAAUGAGGUACAAGUUUAUCAUAAACAACAAUCCAAAAGAACGGCAACACCAAAUUUUCUCAGUGAUUUAUUUGAGUAUAGUAACAUUUUUCAAGAUCUUAAUAAACUGUUUCAUCUGGUUGUUACUCUUCCGUGUACAAGGGUGUCAGAAAAUGAAUAUUCGUCAUGCUUGAAAAAAAUACAUGACUUUCAGAAGAAUGUAGUGGGGAGGGAAAGUGUCACUAUAUCUGCUAAAAUGGUAAUUGAAAAGGAACUACUUGAAGUGCUAGCAGAAAAGCAGACGUUUUUUGAGGAGGUAAUCGAUAAAUUUGGAAAUUUAGAAGAUACCAAAAUUGAGCUCGUGCAUAAAAAAUAGGAAGUUCGAUUCGUUACCUGAUUAUUAACAAGUCUUUUCACCUCAAAAUGGACUUACUUCCUGUGACUGUCGACGAAAGAGCUCAAAUUUUGAAACUCUACGACGUCAAUGAUGUGCGAUUAAAAGAAGACAUUGAAAUAAUUAAAACUUGGAAGUCCAAACAACCCCAUCUUCAGGGAGAUUUAAGCGAUGAUUUUCUUGAGAAAUUGUUGAUUAAAAAUAAAUUUAGUGUCGAAAGGUGUAAAGAAAAAUUAGAAAAUUAUUAUACACUUCGUGGGACAAAUAAAGAUUUGUUGGAAGGUUUUGAGAAAAUUAUACCGUCAAAAGAAGCACUAAUUUUUUUGCCACUUCAUAAACUAACGCCAAAUUAUGAACGUGUCGUCAUCAUGAAAUUAAUAAUCGUAGAUCCAAAGGUCUACGACAUACUUUCAGGUUUUAAAUUUGCACUUGCCGUUAAUGAAAUGAUGUUACGGCACGAUUGCAGUUUAGGGGUUCGAUUUAUUAUGGAUUACACAGGUUUUACUUUAAAACAUUUAGCGAAAUGGAAUCCAAUACUUAUGUUAAGAUGUUAUAAUCUGGCUGAAAAAGCUUAUUCUCUGCGAAUUUUGGGAAUGGAAUUCAUUAAUUAUCCAACGUUUAUUAACAAAGUUUUCGCAAUGUUGAAAAUGUUUCUACGACCUAAAAUUUACGACAGAAUAAGAUUGCACGAAAAUUUAGAAUCUUUAUACAAGAAAAAUGGGACAAAGAAGUAGAAAAACAACAAAAAUUUUUACUACAUUGUGCAAACACUGUUGCAAAUGAAGAUUUACGUCCACCAGAAUCACAAGAG